CAAGAACUAGCUGUGCUUCAAAGCCUGAAAUUGAUACAACGUGUUGUAGGUCAACAAGUAAAUGGUAGAGUUACAGUAACGCUUGGACUUUGCCCCCCGCCCCCGACUAACUCUCUGGCUAGCCACAGCUAAUUUUUGACACAAAUAUUCAAUGUUUCACCACAGCGAGAUUACAUAUAAAGUAUACAAAAGACGGGCAUUCAUUUUCAAGAAGAAAGCAGAAGAACUAGUGUUUUGGAUUGGUAGCUAGCGUGUUAGCUAGUCGUUGAUCUAGCUAGACAAAGUUAACUAUAAUCGAUGUGAAACCCAAAACGGAGCCCGUUUAGAGUGAGCUAGCUAGCUACGUAUUCCGCUGGCAAAUAGUUUAGAGCAGGUUAAACUUACUAGCUACUUGCUACUACUUGUCUGUCUGGCUUGUUCAAGACACGAAAAGGAUAUUCAUCUGUCAAAGUUUCAGGUUACGCAACAUACCUCAAAAUGGUUGACAGAAUAACAACGCUGGGUAUUGUGUUUGACGACGAACAGAAGAAUGGAUAUUGCAGCGGUGAAGUCUUAUCCGGAUACGUUUUGCUUGAGGUGUCGGCAGUCACUCAAAUUAAGGCGAUAAACGUAUCGGCCGGAGGGUCUGCGCACGUGAGCUGGAACGAGCGACCACGCGGAGCAACGUCGCCCAUCAGUGUCUCCAUAGCAACGCCAUCCCUGUCACGCGGCGUCAAGGAGGAGGUGGAAUACUUUGCUGCCUCCCAAGCCGUCCUAGAAGCAACAGAUGGGGGUGUUGGACAGUGCCUGAGUCUUAGCGUGGGCAGACAUGAAUUCGCCUUCCGGUUUGAGCUCCCACACAGGCCCUUGGUCUCCUCUUUCACUGGAAAGUAUGGGAGAGUUCAGUACUGGGUGAAGGCGGAGGUGCGGAGGCCGUCCGCCCCAGACCAAAGUGUUUGCAGGGAAUUCCCUGUCAUCAGCCACAUAGAUCUCAACUCCCCGUCUCUGCUGUGUCCUGUUUCGACCAACAAGGAGAAGAUGAUCGGCUGCUGGAUUUUUACCUCGGGCCCCAUCUCUUUGAGUGUCAACAUUGAGAGGAAAGGUUACUGCAAUGGAGAGGAGAUCCCCAUCUUCGCCGAGAUUGAGAACUGUUCGUCACGCCUCGUCGUGCCAAAAGCGGCCAUUUAUCAGACCCAGACCUGCCUGGCCAAAGGCAAAACCAAAACCUACAGGCAAGCUGUGGCGAGCGUGAGAGGCAACCACAUCCCCUCGGGCUGCUCCGACAGGUGGAACGGAAAAACGUUAAAGGUCCCGCCCCUCUCCCCUUCCAUCCUCAACUCAGCGCUCGUCAGGGUGGAGUACUCUUUAGCAGUGACGGUGCAGAUUCCCGGUGCUAAGAAGCUGAGCACGGAGCUGCCCAUCGUGAUUGGCACCAUCCCCUGCGCCGGCCUUGGGGCCCAUGGCCGCAGCGGCAGCGGACACUUCAGCCAGGACGUCAGCUGGCUCACGCUGGCGCUGCCCGAGCAGCCUGAAGCCCCCCCGAACUAUGCGGACGUGGUGUCGGAGGAGGAGUUUGAGCAACACACGCCCUCCGCCGUACAAUCAGAUGAGCUGGAGAGGCAGCUUGGGGGGCCGAUCUUUGCAUACAUCCAGGAAUUCCGAUUCCAACCUCCCCCUGUGUACUCCGAGGUCGAUCCGUACCCCGUCUAGUGUCCCAAAUUACUGUAAGAGGCGCACCCUUCCGCCCCCUGUCAACUGUUCUGCUUCUCUGAGAAGACAUUUCAGCUGGCCCAUUAACCCAGCGAGGUCAAGCCAAGGCUGCUUUUCGGCGAUUCGUCACCCUCGGGAUUGUGGUUAAUUGCAAUGAAUGCCGCAAACAGGACCGUGACUGUGGAAAAGCCGGUGUGGACGUCAGGUUUCAUUGACGGACUUUAAAGCAUUGUCAGUAUGACUCGCGUGGAGAAGGAUGGCCGAACUGCAAAAGAUAGCACACGCGGCAGUCUAAGCACUUUGAAUAUACACAUUGUAUGUGAAACUGCGCUGGCCAAAAGUUGAGUAUGAAUAGCAUGAUCUAAGUGCUUAUCUCAACAAUCAUGCUAUCAUAAAAAUUGUAUUUGCAAGGUAAUUGCCCAAACACUUUUUUUGAUACAAUGAUAUGGUGGUUCAUUAGUUUGCACAAUUGAAGUGCCUCAAAAUGUUUCUAUUCAGUAGAGAAGUUGGAUUUUUGUUUUUUAUUUAUUUUUUUCAGUGUUGAAUUGAAAUCCAGUGACAUUUAUGGCACCUCAUUUGGAAUGUUUAAGGGAUGAAUCUUGUAAAAACAGCCACGUGCCUUCUGAAACCAAAAGAAUUUAAAAUGACACGAGACAGUCUUGCAUACUCAGGACACAAGAAAUCAGGGUGUAGAGGUUGUGGGAUGUCUUUGUUCAGAAUUUCACUGUCUGGUAGUUUAAAGACAGUAUUUUCUAAUACUGUACAAUCUGACUGCUGCAAUAUUAAUCAUGUCACACUUUGCACAGAUUUUUUUUGUUGUUUGAAAAGUAUGAAAAUCAUUCCCAUUUUGUGUCAACUGCUGUUGACAGUAGUGUCAAAAGAAGAAAAAAAGUUUACACAUUGGAUGUGAAGAUCAGUCUCUGGGGGUCCAAGCUGCCAUGAAACAAUGUUUCACACAGUAGCUGUUUCAUUAGCAUUCAGAUUAGCCUUGCAUGUAUGUGACAACAAAAGCAGGUUUGAAAAGGCUGGUAAACCUGAAUUUAAGUUCGACGUAUUUAGCACUAUACGUCAAUAGUGCCAUAUUGGCUAAUGAAUUGGACGUUUCAUAUGGUCAGAACAACACUUUUGGAAAAUACUUGUCCAUAUCUGUCUUAAGCUUAAUGGUAUUUACUGCCAGUUAGAAGCGCCAAAGCACUGUUUUACUGUGGAAUGAAGUGUGUCUCUGUGAUCUGCGUGAGCCAACAUAUGCAUUGCCAACUCGUGAGAUAUGGGAGCUUGGAUGAGUUUGAAUGAAUGCUGCCUGUCUGUUGCAACAUGCACAGAAUAUUAAAAGGAAAAUGUGCCUGCUAAGCUGCUCAGUACAAGGCAUGCCUUAGGUGGUGUUAAUUGAUAUCUUUCCCGGGUAUUUUAACAUUAGUGCCGUUGAGUUAACUUCCAGGUGUUCUGAAAUGUCAUCAAAGUGAGGUUAAAAAUAAUAGAUUUUCAGUGAUAAUCCAUUCAAUUUCUAAUGGUGUUAAAAAAAU